AAACUUUGUGACGUUGUCUACUUUGACGUCAGAGUCUAGACGUUGUAGUCGCAGCCAUUGUGGAAAUGCCCACACUAGCUUGCCUCUGGCUUGUCGUAAACCCCACACACGUCGAGUGAUCUGCGGCUGCUGGGCAUCUAUUCUACGAGAUCUAAUUUAAUUUGAUUAGGAAGAAACCCGAACUAAUGAGCAGACGACUCCACUUUGCAGGCCGAUGGAGCCUGCCACUGGUAUUCGUCUUUUCUUCGUCAGAAUUCCUCUCUGCCGUCAGGGCCCAAAAAGCCGCAGGGGGUGAAAAAAAGAUGUUUGACACCGCGACGGCAUCAAUCAUUGUAAUGGUUGUUGCCUUUAUAGUUGCCAUCAUAAUUGCCCUAUGCAUAUUAUACAUAGCACAAUCCAUGGAAGUGGCCGAAAUUGUGCAAGAAAUUAAAGCAGCAGAAGAAAAAAAAGAAGAAGAACCACCACCGGCUGCAGAAGAGGAAGAGGGAGAGGGAGAGGGUGAGGGAGAGGGAGAAAAAGCAGAAGAGGAACCACCAGACGAAUAGGCGGAACCAAAUAAUGAGAUGUGUAGGAAAAGCAGUUAAAUAGUAUAAUGCUCUUUAUUCACUCUACAUCGGAUUAAGAUCCUUCAAUAUAAUAUUCUAUGACUUAGAAUUCACAGUCUUUUUUUUACCAAGGAUGUAAAUGAGCGCUAAAGUGUUACAAAUCAUUUUUACAAGUUUUAUUUGAUCUGCGUUUCGAUCAGAAUGCAUAAAAAUUAUCAAUCUGAUUAUUAAAGUCCAUGUAUUUAAUGUGAUAAAGAUUGCUUUUUGUUGAUAUUAUUUGUUUUGCUAAUUUGAUAAACUAGUUGCUAAAAUUGUCUGUGCCUGUUGGUGUGCUUUUUAUUUGUUUAUUUUAUGUUCUUUUUAGUUAUCACGGUGUGGCGGUAGUGUCUUACAUUUAUUAAGCUUUUCCUUGGAAGUCAUUAAAAAAGUUAAUAGUUAUGGAUUGUCAAAAUAGAAACAUUUGUUGCCGUAUAAUAGCUUUAGCAUUUUAUUU